AUGGCAGACAACUCAAAUGAAGUUGAAUUUUGCUCCCGCGUGAUCAAAUUGAAAGGAAAAAACGAUGUGUGUAGAAACAACCAGCAAAAAGUAAGGAGCCCCAAAGUCUGGCUCGACUACUACAAUGACGUAGUGAGAGAUGACCUCAAGGAUAUAAAAGCCAAUACAAUAUUUAACGUGAAAAGAGAUGUGCUUACGAAAACAAUAUAUCCCAAGAAUAAAAAUUCCGCUUUAUUGCUACAUAAUCCUUUCGACUUUAAUUUGAAAAGAACUCAUCAUGCAAACGAAGGGAAUGGCCCCUCCGGUGUAAGAAGUGCUCACUCCACUGUGUGCACAGAACGGAAGAAAAAUUUUUUUUUCGAAGAUUUUGUUUGGAAUAACGAACUGAAGAGGUAUGUCCAGUUGGAACGGGUAGACGGGGGACAAAACAAGAAGCAUGGUAAGCAGAGCGGAACCCCUAGGCAAGGCGCCAACUGUGGGAAGAGCACCCGGAGAAGCAAACCUUGCAUGGGAUUGGACAACCGCGCAGGGGUCAUCAAUCACCAAAGAGGAAAUGGAAUAAACCUGGAGAAGUACACUCGUUUAAGCGGUGCAGGGGGGUUAGCAACCCGUCAGCGGAGGAAUGGGCCCGUAGCAAUCCGACAACGACCCAUCGAAGAGCCAAGUGCUAACCCUUACGGGCACCUAAAGGGCCACCCAAACAGUCACCCAAACGAACGACACGGGGCUGACGACCCAAGUGCGGACCCUAGUGCCUUUCUUGCUGCUUACCAAAGAGGAUACCACAGCGCUAAGCCCAGCACUUACACAACCUCAAACUACAACCCUGCAGUCGUUGCCUACCCCAACGCACCCACACCCGACGUAGCGCAUCAAAUAGAAGAAAAACUGAAGAACAUGAUUUUGGCAAAAUCGCAGGCCCUCAAGAACGACACCAUGAGAAACAAUCAUGGAGAAAAUAUCCUGAUGGUCCAGGACCAGAAAAGUGGCAGAGCGAAAAUCGUGGCCAAUAAAAGGAUCGAAAUAGGUCAGGUGAUUUUUGUAGAGGAGUGCGUCCUGGAGACAUCCAUCCUGCUGGAGCAUCUAUGGGACACGUUCAAUUCGUUAGACAAUGAGCAAAGAAAAAAGUUGGAUAAAAUUUCAGAGUAUAUGAAUCUGGGGAGGGAGAAUAGCAGUGGGGCACACACGCAUGUAGGGGGGUCCAUAUCGCUACCUGUAUCGGAAGAACUACUAGCCAAACCGGUGAGCAAAAUGAUUGACGGUAAUAAACACACCACACCACAUGGGGGUGAAAAAUCACCGCGUGUCAUUUCCUACUGCCAAAGUGGAGAAAAUACAUACGAAAAAUACACAAGACACAUAUCACAUAGAAUAUCCAAUAUACUAAAGAACUCAUUCAUUUCGCCAAAGGAUAAAACAAAAAUCAUGUUGUUUCAAUAUGCGUCCCUUUUAAAUCACAGCUGCUUCCCGAACGCUAGCUACUGCUAUAUAGACGUUAACAAAAUCUGUUUCAUCUCCAUGAGGACGAUAACUAGGUAUGAAGAAAUUACAAUAUCCCUAAUCGAUGAGCUGUAUUCUUCCAUCCAUCACAGAAGAAGUAAAUUAAUUCAAGUUAAAAAUGACACUUGCUUUUGCAACCGAUGCUCACAAAUAAUUGACCAGGAAAGACACAUCCUUUGUCCGUUCUGUAAAUAUUCCUACGUUAGGAAAGGGAUCGAUCCCAAGUAUUUAAAAAAUGCAUAUCAUAGUGGGCAUCAUAAUGGGCAUCAUAAUGGAGGUAGGGAUAUCUUCCACUGGGGAGAUGAGAGUGAGCCCUCCAGUGUUGGCGUCUUUCAGGGAGGGGCGAUGCAGAAGGGGCAGACGCACAAACAAGUCAUGAGUACACAAAGGGACAAGGUGAGCUCAUACAGUGACACAUCGUCCUCGGAAUAUGUCCCCUUCACACAAGAAAAAGUUUAUCCCCAAAGGGAAGUAAAUAAGAGUCCAUACCAUUACGCCCCGGGUGACGAAGGCGGCACGGGAUGCUACUCGGGCAGACCUAACCAAAUGGAAGGAGGCAUUACCAACAAGAAGAACAUGAGAAAAACGGGAAAAAAUUCUCAAGAGGAACUUUCCAUGCGUAGUGUGAGCAAAAACGAUACAGAGCGUUUAUCCAUGUGUGCUCAAAAGAGAAUGUCAACUGAGAGAAUAACCACAUGGGAUGAUACCUCUAGCAUGGGUGAAGUUCCAGUGGGAAAUUUUAAUAUACGCAGAUUUGAAGAGGGUCUAAACAUAGCAAAUAUUUUAAUGUUCAUUUGGAACACACAAAAUGAGAGAAAUGAAAUUGGGUGUUGCAGAUUUCACAAUAAUGAAGAGCUAUGGAUUUGUGAUACUUGUGGUGAAGCAGUUUCUUCGUGUGCCCUACCCGUAGCAAGUGAACAAAAUUUUACAAAGGUAUAUAAACUGUUGAGAGACAUGAUUAGUAGUAACCAAUUAGAUAGUGAACAUAGUGUUGAUUACAUUUUAACUACCAUUGAAAGAUCGCUUAUUUAUAUUAUUGGUAUUCUAGGAGAGAAGCACUGGCUAUAUGCAUCCUUUAAUUACCUAAUGGCAGAUUUAUGCUUUUCCAUUUGCUGCUACAGUUCAGAUUCCUCAAAGUGGGAUAGGUACCUGUUAAAAGGUUUUAAUUCGUUUCAAAAUUUCUUAUGGUUUAUUCAAACGAGAUCUCCGCACUCCAUUCACACCGACUUGGUACCCCUGGUGUUGAAAUUUUUUCUUGUUUGUAUUUAUACAUGCAAUUAUAAAACGCUGUAUGAAUUUGCGAGGUCAGGUUUUUUAGAAUUGAUAAGACAGAAAUAUGGCCCAUGGAACAUUCCUUUCAUGUGUCUUUAUCUUUCCUUUGAAAUGUGCUAUGCGCACAUCAAUCGCACGCUGCCCAUAUGCAGGGAAAUCCUUUUGGUGCUGGCAAACAUGACGAGGGUGCGGCUCUUCGAGGAGCUCCCUCCUUGGUAG